AUGCCGGCCUGGGCGGUGGCGGCUGGCCAUACUUAUAAUGUCAACGUGGGGGUGCUGGGGCAUGUCGACUCGGGGAAGACAUCCCUGGUCGCUGCACUGUCCACCACGCUGUCCACCGCCGCCCUGGACAAGCAUCCGCAGAGCCGGGAGCGGGGCAUCACCCUAGACCUGGGCUUUUCGUCGUUCAUGGUGCCUGCACCGCCUCAGAUUCAGGCGGCAGGGUACAGCCACGUGCAGUUUACCCUGGUGGACUGCCCCGGCCAUGCCUCCCUCAUCCGUACCAUCAUCGGCGGCGCGCAGAUCAUCGACCUCAUGGUGUUGGUGGUGGAUGCCAGCAAGGGCAUCCAGACGCAGACUGCGGAGUGCAUCGUGAUUGGGGAGGUGGCGGCGGCGGACAUGGUGGUGGCGCUGAACAAGAUAGACCAGUUUCCUGCAGAGAAGCAGGAACGGUACUGCCGCAAGGCCCAGAAACUGGUUGCGGCCACCCUGACAGCCACAAAGUUUGCAGGGUGCCCCAUCGUGCCAGUGGCAGCCCGUCCCGGCGCUGGCGGGGCGCCUGUAAGCGGAGGCGAGGCUGACGCUGCUCCCAUCGGCGUCCAGCAGCUCGUCAACACACUGUUGCAGCGGGUGCAGCUGCGGCAGCCGACCACUGCUGGUAAUGGCAGCGGCCGUGCAGCGGCAACGGAACCCUUCCUCUUUUUCAUAGACCACUGCUUUGCCAUCAAAGGGCAGGGCACCGUCAUGACUGGAACUGUGAUGCGGGGCAGCGUGCGGGUCGGCGACCCAAUUGAGCUGCCGGAGCUGCGGGUGCAGAAGAAAGUGAAGAGCAUGCAAAUGUUCAGGCAGCCCAUCCAGGUGUGCAGCCGUGGCGACCGGCUGGGCAUAUGCGUCACGCAGCUGGAUGCAAAGCAGGUGGAGCGAGGGCUGGCCUGCACACCAGGCACUGUGCCCACGUUUGAGGCAGCGGUGGCAGCGGUGGAAAAGAUUCGGUUCUAUUCAGGAGAGGUGCGGUCGCGCAGCAAAAUGCACAUCACUGUGGGCCACGUCACAGCCUUUGAUAGCAGCAGGGAUUACCUGUACCAGGAUUUUUUGUAUGGGCUGGAGGGCCGUCCAGCUGCAAGUGGAGUGCCAGCAGCCGGGCAACAUCCCGCAGACCACCAGCAGCAGCGGCAGCAACAGGAUGACGGCCAGGAGGGUCAGCUGCAGGCGGUGCACCACGGCGUGCAGUGGGCAUACCUACGCUUCAGCCAGCCCGUCACGGCCGCAGCAGACUCCCUGAUCAUUGGCUCCAAGCUUGAUGCCGAUCUGCACACCUCUACCUGCCGCCUCGCAUUUUACGGCCGCAUUUGCUGCUUAGUGGACCCAUCUGAUCAGCGGCGGCUACGUCGCCUCCUGCCGGUUUACAAGCCCAAGCAGCGGGAGGGGGCGAUAGAGCGGAUAGAGGCAGAUGGCUGCACAGCGGUCUGCAGGGGCAUGUUCCAGAAAGAAACUGAUCUGGCACUGUUCACUGGCAUGCGUGUGGUGGCAGCGCCGGGUGGGCAGGAGGGGCGGAUCGAGGGUGGUUUUGGCAAGUCUGGAAAAUUCAAGGUACAUUUCAGAAAACGGACAGGCUCGGGGCCGUGCUGGGACAGGAAGCGCAGCAGCAGAUAG